AUGGGACUGUCAGAUAAAGCUGUGAUUGGCCGAGGCCUGAACAGUCCUGACCCAUUGGUGCGUGAGGCCUAUCUGAUGGCAUAUGACUAUAUCAACUAUGUGACGGCCAAACCAGGCAUCCCGGUGGACCCAGCACCAUCUCGUGCCACGGCCGCCCUGCGUCACGCUGGAGAUGAGCUGCUCACUCGCUUCCCCAUCUUCUUCCGCCGCUGGCCGCGUGUUUUCCAGGACGUGACAGACCGAACGGCCUGCUCGACCCUCGUUUCCAUUCUGGAUGAGCACUUUGCACCCACACGACAUAGAGAGCUCGCCUGGAGCGCAGUGCUGUCUGUGUUUGUUCUUUCUGGACAACUGGCACUGCAUUGCCAGGAAAGUGGCAUGUCUGAUAUCCUGCCCCGGAUUCAGGAGUGCGUGGGCAGCUACAUAGAGAGGGUCAUCUGCCCAGAGAUCAGGGACAGAGGGGGAUGGUCAGGUUUUAUCGGUCGUUUCGGCGAGAAGCAGAGUCUUGAAGAUCAGGCGAUGAGUGUGUGCUGCUGGUCUCUGCUCCUGCUGAGUGUUGGGAUCUUAUCCUACUUGGUGUGGACGAGAAGAAAAACUUAG